ACUUGGAUGGCUUCGUCAUUAGAAAGGUGCAGUCAUUGUAAGCCAAAGGUAGCAGUCACCAGAUGUCGUGAUUGCGACGAGUUUUUCUGUUUAGAUUGUAAAAAAAGUCAUUCGAAGUUUAAACCCACAAGGGAGCAUCAAGUAGUUGAUGUUAGCAAUUAUAAGAAAUUGCCUGACUUUGUAAAAUCUAUCACAAACAAUUGUAAUGAUCAUAACGAAAAAUAUUCAUCUUACUGCCAAACACACAAAGAACUUCUUUGCAGUGGGUGUGUAUUCAAUCACGAACCAUCUACAUGUAUAGUUUUGAAAUUGGAUGAGGUAAUUCAAGAUGAACAUUUGUCUAUUAUAAAUCUUGAAGAAGAUCUUGUUUACUUACGCGAUAACCUCAACAAAGUUAUCAGUCGAAUCAGCGAAAACAAGUCCACUGUGGUGAACAGGGAAAACGCAGAUAGAAAAGAAAUCUUAGACUUGCGCAGGUCAAUAGAUUCUCAUCUUAACCAGAUUGAAAAAGAGUUAAAAGAUAAAAUAUCUUCAAAUCAGAAAACAAUGAUGAAGACAUUGUCCUUACAAGAAAAUGAUGUUAAAUCAAAAAAAGAGUCUGUCGAAAAAAUGCGCAAGGAUGUCGAAUACAUUAAACAAUAUGCAGGUAAAUUCCAGACAUUUGUCGGAAUUCAGAAAAUAAAGGCAAAUGUUGAUCAGCAAAUAAAAGCUCAAUUGGAAAAUGUUCGUACUGAAGAAGUUAAUACUGAGUUUUGUUUAUCACAAGAGCUAGUUUCUUUGGUUGACCGCGUUAAAUCGUUUGGAAGUUCGACGAUUGAAACAGUUGAAGUAAGGGCUCAUAUAGUUUCAAAUCCAAUGCAAGCCCAAGUAGCCGCCUUGGAGUCCGUAGAGAGAAAGUCGUUGCUGCCGGAAGUUCAUUUAAAACACGAAAUACAAUUUCCUGAUCAACUUGGUAAAAACCCUAUUGAAAUAAGAGGGUGUGAAAUACUUGCGAGUGGAGAACUUAUUUUCAUUGACGCGGCAAAUAAAAGAUUAAUGAAGUUUUUGUCAAAUGGCCAUUACCAAAAGGACGUGGCUAAUUUUAACGGCACGCCGUUCGAUGUUACGUAUACUGAAAAUGACAAGGUUGCUGUCACAAUUAGAGAUACUAAAGAAGUUGUUGUCCAUAACAUCAACACAGGAAAGGAGAUAAAUAAGGUUAAUUUAGGUCAUCAGUGCCUCGGAAUCGAUGCUUGCCAUGAAACAAAGACCCUGGCUAUUUUCACCAUUCAUAAGAUUACAGCCAAUGAAAUUAUCCUUUUAACAUAUAAUGGCGACGAAAAGCCUACGAUUGUCAAGCGCAUUCCUGUUUCAAAUUUUGCCUCCAUGAAACAUUUAUCAUUACAUUGCAAAGAAAUAAAGGCUUUCGAUGCCAAUUCAAAUAAAGUUGCGUGUAUAGAUGUCAACGGAAAAACUUUAUGGCUUUUUAAAAUGCAGGAUGUUUUAUCACAUCCGAAAGGUAUUAGUGCAAAUAUAAAUGGGGACAUUUUCAUAGCAGGAAAAACAUCCAAUAAUGUCAUAUUUAUGACUGCAGAUGGCAAAAAGCACAAAACAAUUAUUGAUAAAGAUGUAUUAAAAGAGCCUUAUGCGUUGAAUUUUAGCGCUCAAAGAAGCGAACUUCUGGUCUGUAAUCUGAAAGGACCAUGUUUUCUUUAUAACAUUAAGAAGUUUGAAAUAUAG